UGUUAUGUGUGUAAAUGACCUUCAUCACUCUUUACUCAGGCGCAAGUGUGAUACCCUCAUGGAUAUGGAUAUCAUUGAGGGGUUGAAUGAAGUGCGUCCUGCUGUGUACCGCACUGCAAUGAAGCUCCGCUCCUUACAGAAACUCUGCCAUAUGCAUGUUGUGACACUGCGGGAGCUCAUCCCAGCCCUGUGCUCUCUGGGCGGAGCCCGGGACACUGGGGCGGGGCUUAGUGAACAGGAAGUGAGACAGUGCACAAACAGGAUGUUCCAAAGCGUGUCACAGGAAGUACCUGGGCAGGUGUCGGCAGAGGCGCCAGAACAGACUUGCAGACUGCUGUACAGAUUGUUUGACCGGGGACAGACUGGCGCUGUCUGCCGCAGGUCAGUUGAAGCCGCUCUCAUCUCUCUCUCAGCAGACACACUCUCAGCCAAACACAAGGCUCUGGUUCGUCUGGCAGAGAGGUGCAGUGGGAGAGAGAGCGGUACGGUGAGCAGGAGUGGUCUCAGAGUCGUACUCCAAGACCUCAGCCAGGUGCCGGCUGUAGUGCAGGAGAACCAUGUGUUUGGCUCAGCUGAGACAGCCGUUCGUUCCUGCUUCAGUGGGGUGGUGAGUGCGUGUGUUUGUGAGGAGCAUGUCCUCUCAUGGCUGCAGUGUGAGCCCUGUCUGUUGCUGUGGCUCCCCACCCUGUACCGCCUGUCAGUCAGCGAGAACGUCACACACUCCGUACGCUGCCACACCUGCAAGGCCUACCCCAUCACUGGACUUAGGUAUCGCUGUAUGAAGUGUGUGAACCUUCAUCUGUGCCAAACCUGCUUUCUGACAGAGAGACACACAAAAAAACACAAGAGCUCCCACCCAGUGCUGGAGCACUGCACUCAGCCAUCCUGGAAAGAGUCCCUAACCUCAUUAGCAUACAGCGCCCGCCACGCCUUGUUACCACGGCGAUACACACACAGGGAGGCAGAGAGGAGAAGGGGCCUAAUCGGGGCGGAGUCACGAGGGGAGCCGCAGACGAGCUUCACUACACCUGACCCUUCACCUCAGUCUGCCGCUGAGGACAAACCGCCUGACGACAGAGCCCCUCCCACUAAUCCUCCCCAAUUGCUGGCCACACCCCCAGCUGUUAGGACCAGGAAGGCAUCUAAAGCCCUGCAAACUGAGGAAGAGCAGGAGGAAGCACAGCCACAGAGGAGAGACUCUGUCCUCAUUAAGGACAUCAGGGACCUGCAGAGGGACAAACGGCUGCUGGAGAAGGAGCUGCAGGUGUGGAGGGUAACGGUUCAGUCGGAGCAGGGCUCUCUGGAGGACCGCUGCUCUGAGAUGGAGGCCAACAUGGAAACUCUGAGACAACACAACCUCAGACUGCAGGACAUGAUCUCACAGGCUCUUAGCAUGUCAGGGACACAUGCUGACGUCAUGCCUCAUGCUAAUGUCAUCCCACAUGCUAAAUACAGGCCAGAGAGAGACAUAGCCUGUCCUGUAGAGUCCCAGAGCUCUGCAUCUUCCUCUGGAUCCACAGAAAGAGAAGAGGAGGAGGAGAGGGAAGAAAAGGCAAGGGAAGAGGAGGAAGAAUGUUGCACAGCAAAGAUGCAGAGGAAUGAGAUGAAGACAGAAGAACAGAGAGGUGAUGAUGAUGAAGAGGAGCAGACUGAGACUGACUCAGUCACAGAGACUCACACUCCCACAAUGCAUGGGAGAAUUACCUCUAACCCACAGCCCUGUGAUGGACAGGUCACUGGGCCAAUGAAAGACCAGAGUGUCUCUGAAGAGGAGUAUUCUGGGAUGUGUAGUUUAGUGGAGGAGGAGCGACUGUGUGAGCUGGUUCAACAACUAAUAAGUGAGCUGUCGCUACACACUCACACACAUAUAGACUGCAGACAGGAGUUGGAGUUGUUGGAGGCUGCAGAGGAAGUGGGGGAUUCUGUGUGUCAUCUCGUCUAUGCAGUGAACACACACUCCGUCCCAAACGCACACACUUCAUGCCCCAUCCUCCUACACAACCACAGGCCAGGGCAUGUAUCCAGAAGGCUUCUCUAGACUUUGACGCCUGAUGAUGUGAGUUAUUGUGUAAAUUCCAUACUUUCCUGUGUAUGAAACUGAUAUUUGUAUGAAGUACAGUUGUACUGAAAUGAUUCUGCUCUUUUAUUAGCGAAACCUAUGACAAAAUAUUUUAAUUCAUGUGCAUUAUUUAUUAAAUAAACAAGCUUUUGACAAAGUCCUUAUAAACGUAAAAAAAUAUCCUGAUUGUAAAAAAUAAAACUGAGAACCCAACAACCA